AUGAAUAUUCCCAAGAGCGUCAUAGUUUACUGGAGGAUUAAUGCUUUCCUAGUCAGUUUAGCUUGGAGACAUAAUGCGGGGAAAUCAAAGAGAGGAGUAUCCCCGGCAGGCAAGGUGACAUUGCGGAAGGAUAACCAUGGGGAUCCCCCUCAAGGUCCAUACCUUAAAGAGCAUUCAGCCGAGAUGAUCGCAAGCAUUGGGUUAGACUUUAGUAUCCCAAGCAAGUCGGGACUCCUAGUCGUCACGAUGAAUAGUACGGGACCUCAGAGGACGGCUCUGGAUUAUGGGAACCGGGUUCCUUUCGGCAUCGCUACCGGCCAACUCGUCACUGAUCCGGACCUGCCCCCGUUCCAAAACGUCGAAGGAGAUCAAGUGGCAUCUAGCUUCCAGGUACCGUUCAAUGCGCAAUUCCAAGGCACCGACGAUAUAAGCGCGAACUUCGACUAUGCCCUGCCUGCCCCCGCCGAGUUCCGGGUAUGCGACACGCCCUCAUGCCGAGCCUUCGCGGGCCUGUCGUGGGGCGGCCGCCUCACGUACGAGAUGUACGUCAACGCCACGGACUACUUCAACUGGUUCGGGAUGUUCUCGCCGGCGACCGAGGCGCCGUACGUCGACGAGGCGGCGCUCGCGGCGAAUCCCGCGUUAGCCAAAAAGGGGGUGUUCGUCGCGUACGGGUUAUACGACUCGGUCUUCGACGCGGGCCGGGACAUGCAGGCCGCGCUCGACGCCUUGGAUGUCAAGUUCCUGUCGCGGAUCACGCCGUUCGGCGGCCACUACUGGAAUACGUGGCAGGACGAGCUGUGGUGGUUCGGGGUCAAAGCGCUAUGGAAGCCGUUUCCGUACACGCAACGGACCGGGAGGUAG